AUGGAAUUAAGGAAAAAAACCGGAGAAAAUUUCAUAAGUAAGCUUACCAGAACUGCGUGGACAUUCGAUAUUCGGUCACACAAAAAACCAGCCCGACCUGAUGAUCACUCUCUCGGACAACAAUUUAUUCAUUAUGUCAAAAACUCAAGAUUACCGAAACUGUUAAGAAAAUUGGAUCUACGGAAUAUUAUGGAUAAUCAAAUAUCUGCUUAUGAUUACAAAGCAAAAAUAUCCUUAUAUAUCCUAUAUUCAACAUUAUCAGUCUCAAAUUCUGGAUUGAUAGUAAAUUUAGUACUGCUUCUAAAAAAUCAAGAAACCAAAGUGUUAACCGGUGAUCCUAGUAAAGCAGGCUUAGAAAAAGUUCUUUCUGGAGGAAUGGAAACAAAUUUUGUGCGACAAAUAGAACGGAAGACAAAUAAGCUACUCGAUCAAGAACUAAUGGCACUUUUCGGACCUUGUCCACAGGGUGAAAUAUUAUCUUUUGUGGACAAGGAGAUAACGAUGAUAAUUGCAUUGUAA